AUGACACUUUAUUAUAGCUUAGUAUUUGGUUUACUCAGCGCAGAAGUCCUUACCUUCUUGGUCCUCGUUGCACCAAUGCCUUUCGCUUUCAAGCAACGCUUCUUCAAAUUCCUCAGCACCAACCCAUUGGUUGCUAAAUUACAAUAUUCCUUGAAAAUAUCUCUUAUUUUCACUUCAAUCUUAUUCUUUGAUGCUGUUCAAAGGAUGCUCAAAGUCGUCAAAGAAGGCCAAGCUGCUAAGGAAGAGCACUCUUUCAAUGAUGUACGCUCUGAAUCUAACUUUGCUGCACGCAAAUUUUACUCACAACGUAAUGUCUACUUGACUGGUUUCACUCUCUUCUUAAGCUUGAUCCUCUCACGCGUAUUCGGCAUCAUUAUGGAUCUCAUCAAAGCUGAGGAAGAAUUGAGCUUAAUGAAGAAGGACGGUGACUCCUCAUCCGCUGAAACCUUUAAGAAACAACUUGACUCAAAAGAUCGUGAAAUUAACAUCCUCAAAAAGCAAUCUACUCAAAAUAAUCAAGCUAUGAACGAUCUUGUCGACAACGCGAAUACUUCAUCCGGCUCAAAGAAAGACAAGUAA